AUGAAUGAUGACGAGAGAACAGAGGCGCGCAGAGGGAAGUCGGCGUGCAGGGGACGGCAGGUCCAACGGUCGUCAUGGCGCGGUGCAGGGAGGCCGAGUGGAGGACAGCGUUGCCGGAUCACGCAGGCCGAGCAAGAAGCUCGGCGAGUCGACGAGGUUGAGGGGCAUGCGCAGGGACGAGCGAGCAGGGAGGAGCAUCGAGCGGAGCUGUGGACGGAGGAACGCGAGCCGGGAACGCGACGCGGCGGCCAUGGCCGAGCAGAGGAAGUUCCGGCCGGGCGCGGCGAGCAGAGAGAAGCGGCUGCCAGACGCCAUAGGAGACGGGCGUCGAGCAAGCAGAGGGGACGGGGCGCGCCGCUGGGAGCUCCGCAAGAGAUAGAUGGGCGUGCAGGGAGCCAUGGGAGAGAGAGCCGAGCUGGAGCUGGAAGAAGCUCCGGCCAUGGGGGAUACAAGGGGCUAGGGCAAGCUCGGGGAGGAAGACCGCGACGUGUAGGAAAAUUGGACGCCAAGCAAGAGCACGACAGGGAGGAGCUCGGCCGGGCGCCAUGGGGCGAGCUCGAGGAAGCUCCACGGCGGGGUUCGCGGCGCAGGACGCAGGCGCGCGUGCAUAGAGGGAGAUGCGCACGGCUGGCGAGCGCAGGGAGCAUGGCCAGGGCACGGCCGAGCUGGCAGCAGGGAGGAGCAGAGGAGCACGGUGCGGCAGGGAAGGAGGAAGCCAAGCGCCCUGGUGAGUAGAGGGGAUUCGACGAGCAGGAGUCGGCGGCCUGGAGAAGAAGGGCAGCGCGCACACUGGGAGAGAAACCUAGCGCCAGAGCUCGGCUGGAAGGAGAUAAGGAAGAAAGAGAAGCUCACGUGGGAGGAUAAGAAACAGGU